AUGUUUGUCUUGCAUCUCCCAGCUGAGCACGGUGAUGAUGGGUCUGUGAAAAUCCGUCGGGACCUCGUCUUCCGCUCCCCUCACGACAUCAUCGACGGCAUCGGAACUCUCAUGAUGCUCAACAACUUCAUAUCCCUCGCCUCAGAAGCCCACCAAAAGGGUAACUCCUAUGGACCCCCCGCCCUCGACGGCAGUGAGACUUCAAACCUGAGUCCAUCCUACCGAGUCGCCGCUCAAAUCCCCGAGAUCCCCGAUCAGGCUCAACUCGAUAGACUCAAGCAGAUGGCAGCUCAAAAAGCCGCUGCCGCUUCUGAUCCCAGCGUGGAGAUUCUUGCUCUUCCUUAUAAGCAGGGUGAUUUACUGCCCGGUCGUCACCAGCGCUUGGCACUCACUCUCACCAGGGAGGAAACGCAACAGCUCCUGCAGGCGUGCAAGAUGGCCAAGACUACGCCGACGCAUGUCUUCCAUGCUGCAGCUGCUAUGGUCGUGCGAGACCUACAGGAUAAACCGACUCAGACCAAGCGAGUUCGAUACAUCAACUACAUCCUUCGCAACGAGCGCUCAAGUUGCCAAGCGCCAUAUAGCACGGCUCGUCAUCCGGCAGCUGUCUACCAUUCUGUCUCUGGCCAAAGCCUUGUCGUCGACAUGGAUCUACACCCAGCUUCCACAGAGCCAGACGCACAAACUCGCAAGAAGGAGUUUCUCUCCAUUCUCGAAACCGUCAAAGACUUCUAUCUCACAGUUAAACAAGACGAAGAAUUCUACGUCCUCGCCCCAACUAUGUUCUCCCAAGCUACACCCUCUCUUCCCUCUGGUCCUCGUCCCCUCCCUGUGCCGGAGCCAAAUGCUCAUCCGUCCGUAUCGAUCUCGAGCAUGGGUCGUACUGAUGCUAUCGUGGCGCCGGAGACGGGGGCGAUCGAGGCGAGAGAUCCGUGGGUGACGGGUGAAGAGCUCGGAAAUGGGCUGGGGCUGUUUCUUGGAACGUUCCGGGGAGAGCUAUGUUUGAGUGCGGCGUAUAAUGAUGCUUGGCACAUGGAGACGGAUGUGAAAGAGUAUCUGGAGCGUUGUAAGACAGUUGUGUUCUCAGGUCUUGGGAUCACUGAGUCAUGA